AUGAUCUACCCCAAGUCGUCGGUCUGGAAGAAAUCCUUGGUGCUUUUGGCUUUUUCGGCCACUCGGAGGGAUGCCGUGAUUGCCUUUCUGCAGACAACGGCUCUCACUUCGUCAACGACUAGCAGUCCGAUGGCCCCCUUGUCGGCGGCUGCCAAUCUCGAUAUUCGAACGGCACCACUGAGUCAUCUGGUCCACUUGGAACAACAACAGGAUGAUGAUGAACAAGACGAUUAUCAUUUAGUUUCUCCGACAAAUGAUGAAUUGCCAUUGGAACCGGGACAACGACUGGUCUGUAUUGGAGAUGUUCAUGGAGAUUUCAAAGCAUUGGAGGAAUUCUUGACCAUUGGAGGUGUCUACGAUGCCAAUGCAUCGCACAAAAAUCAAUGGAUAGGUGGCAAUACCAUUUUGGUUCAGUGUGGAGAUGUCUUGGAUCGAGGCGACCAGGAACUCCUCUGUUUCAACCUACUGACACGAUUGUCCCAACAAGCGGCCACACAAGGAGGACACGUCGUCUUGUUGUGGGGCAACCACGAAGCCAUGAAUGCCGGCGGCAUGUUCCACUACACCAUGGGUGAAGAAGAAUACGAAAACGCCAUUGGCAAACGCAUUGACGAGCAAUUACAAACGGAACGAUGGAGGAUGCAAUAUGCCGGCAAUCAACCCGCACGAUGGGCCGCCUACGAACCCGGUAGUGGUGUCUUGGCACAUCCGUUGCUGUCCAAUAUGAAGGUGGCCGUCAAGGUGGGGCGAACCGUCUGCGUGCAUGCGGGAUUGACCACACAACAUUUGGACGAUUACGGGGGUCUGCGAGGAAUGAAUGAACAAGUGCAAAACUGGAUGAAGCAAGCCUACCAACCCAACAACAAUCUCGGUGACUACGAGUCCAUUGGGGCGUUGGUCUAUGAUGUGCAAAAGCGCGCUCAGACGGGAUCGGAACGAAUGCCCGAAUUGUUGGGUGGAGGUGCCGGGGCCGAUGGUCCUGUUUGGAUGAGAGAUUACUCGUCGCCCAAUGACGUGGAACCAAACAAUGCGGAAAGGGCACAGCAAAUGCUCGACGGGACAUUGUUCCACUUGCAAGCGGACCGAAUGGUCAUGGGGCAUACCGUGCAACGCAAGAUCAAUGCCGCACUCAAUGGAAAGGCGUGGCGGGUCGAUGUCGGAGCCAGUCGUGGGGUCAUGAAUGGAACCCCCGAAGUGUUGGAAGUGGUCGCCACACAAGAUGGAGAAGAAGUUGUUUCCGUGCUGACCAAGAGAGGCAAGGUGCCGGCAGAAGAGCGACUGGUGGGAAGACCCGUGGCGGCCAAGUUGGCAUCUGCUGUUUCGAUGAUGUUGCAAGGAUGA